AUGGAGUCUUGGUGGAGGAUUAGUCUAGUGCUGCUCGCAACAGCUUUAAUAACGGCGACGAUGGUGGCUUCCGGAGAAGAUAAAGCAAAAGACAAGGAAGAAUGUACGGAACAGCUCGUGGGUAUGGCCACGUGUCUUCCUUACGUGCAAGGACAGGCUAAGUCUCCGACGCCGGAUUGUUGCUCCGGUCUCAAACAAGUUCUUACUUCCGACAAGAAGUGUCUUUGUGUGAUCAUACAAGACCGGAAUGAUCCUGAUUUGGGUCUUCAGAUCAAUGUCUCUCUCGCUCUUGCUCUUCCUUCUGUUUGUCACGCCACUGCUGACGUCACUAAGUGCCCUGCUUUGCUUCACUUGGACCCAAAAUCUCCAGAAGCGCAAGUGUUCUAUCAGCUAGCAAACGGUUCAAACAAAACUGGCCUAGCCUCUCCUCCUACUGGCUCGGCCGCGGCGCCCACCAGCAUGUCUCCGACCGCCGGAUCCAAUGAUGGUAACAAUAGUGGUCGGGCUACUACCUCUUUGCCAGGCAAGAACCACGCUCAAAGAUUCUCUAAACAAUGGCUAGGACGCCAAGUUGUUGUCCAUUUCUUUGUAAUUUUGUAUAUUUUUUUCCUCGUAUAG